CCUUUUAUUUUUUCCCUCUCUUAGUUUUCUUUCCCCUACUGAAAGCCAUGGCCUCCCUCUCUCUGGGACUGCUGUUUCUCUGUAUGCUGGUUGGCGUCCAUGGUGCAAACGUCAGGGUGUCCGGCCUUCAAGCCAGCGGCCUUCGAGGGGACCCUGCUGGUAAUUACCCUGACCCCUACGUCAAGGUUUGGUGUGGUGGCGAACCCGGUGGCAUGACAGACUGGCACAAGGAUACUCAAAACCCAUCCUGGAGUGCUGUAUUCAACUUUCUGAAUGUGCCUUCCAGUGCUUCCCUCAAGUUCGAGAUCUGGGACAAGGACCUAAACUUUGAUGACCACCUGGGAACCUGCACCACUAAGGUCCAGUUUGGCAGUCACAGCGUAACCUGCGGUCUGAGUAGUGGAACCUUCUACUACACUUACAGUUACCUGUAAGCCAGCCAUAAUGUACAACAUCAGUUACCAGUAAGCCAGAGAUAAUGUACAACAUUUGGCCAUCACAUUCCUUAAUGAAAUUCUAAUGAAUUUUACUGAUGAACAUUAAGGCCUAAAUAAAAACUUGCAUUUCUGAACAAUG